CAGGAAGGGGAGUCCAACAUCCUAAGAACAUUUGGAACAUUUCUGCUGAUUCUCAAGGGCUAGGAAGGCACCCACAACAGAUUUCAGAAGUUGGAAAGGCUUCUGGGUAAGUUUGGACAGGAUAGUCAAAGAAUAGAAGAUUCCGUGCUGAUUGGAUGCUCCGAACAGCAAGAAGCAUGGUUUGCUCUGGAUCUAGGUCUAAAUAGCUCCUCUUCCAUAAAUGGGAUAGUGUGUGGCUAGUGCAAAUGUUCUUACUGCCCUGAAGAGGAUCUUGAGAAACACUGUGCACUAAUGUUUCCCAAAUUUGCCUGAAUAUAAGAAUCUCCUGGUGCUUGUUUAAAAAAAAUAAAGAUUUCUGGGCCUCACUCAUCUCCUACUCAGAAUUUCCAGGUAGGGGCUUGAGAACCUGUAAAUUUUUUAUUCUCCCUAGUUGAGUCUUAUUAGGUGAGCUUGGGAAACACUGUUCUAACAGGAUAUACUUGAGAGGGUCCCCGAGGCAAAGUCUGACAUUUGUUUCAUUUCGUUCUCUUCUCCAAUUUUUCAGCUUCCUUGCAGAAACCUGAAGUGGAGAAAGAGCUCACAGGGUCUUUCACUGAGCUGAGGAAGGCUCUCUAUCAGCUGAAUGUGAAGGAUGCCUCCUUGUUAUCCACGGCUCAAGCUCUUCUCCGCUGGCAUGACACUCAUCAGUUCUGCAGCAGAAGUGGGCAGCCCACCAAGAAGAACAUGGCUGGCAGCAAGCGUGUGUGCUCUUCCAAUCAGAUCAUCUAUUAUCCACAGAUGGCUCCUGUGGUGAUCACUCUGGUGUCAGAUGGAACUCGAUGCCUGCUUGCCCGCCAAAGUUUCUUUCCCAAGGGAAUGUAUUCUGCCUUGGCAGGUUUUUGUGAUAUAGGUGAAAGUCUGGAAGAGACUGUCCGGCGAGAAGUUGCAGAAGAGGUGGGAUUGGAGGUGGAAAGGCUGCACUACUCUGCAUCCCAGCACUGGCCCUUUCCUAAUAGCUCACUCAUGAUUGCUUGUCAUGCAACGGUGAAACCAGGGCAGACAGAGAUCCGGUUGAACUUGAGAGAACUAGAAGCAGCUGCCUGGUUCAGGCACGAUGAGGUGGCCAUAGCCCUGAGGAGAAACAACCCAUACACUCAGCAACAGAAUGGGGCUUUCCCAUUCUGGUUGCCCCCAAAGUUCGCUAUUGCCCACCAACUGAUUAAGGAGUGGGUGGAAAAACCAAUCCGUUUUACCCUGCCUGUUUAGCUCAGAUUGGGUCACCUGAUCAGGUAAACACCUCCUCACUGUCUCAGGGGAACAUCAAAUAUCAGCUGAUAAAGAGGAGGUGACAAAAGGCCAUAUCCAGGACAAUCUCAUAAGGCAGAGCAGGUGAAGAGCUUACAGCGAGACAUCACUACCAGCAGUGUUCAUGAAGAAGUCCCUACUCACAGGCAAUCAAAAAUGCCAAAACUGACAAGAUGACAGUUGUCAAAAUCAAAGGGAAGGCUAAAGCAUUAGUUUGGAUAUAGGCUCUUGUUCACUCAUUUUCUCCUGUGCUUUGGAAGCAAACAUCUUUUGGCAUGUGACUUAUUAAUGCCGGGUUUAUACUAACUGCCAAAAUGUGCCUGGUAUAAUUUUAGUUAAAACUUUUAUGUUGGUAUCAAAAAAUAUAUAGCAAAUCUCAACAGACUGAGUUACUUUUUAAUCCUCAUAGAAUUUUUUAAAAUAGCACAACAUAACACUUUUGAAUUCAUGUAACUAUUUUGUAGACGGUAGUUAAAUAAAGGUCAUAUUUCUUUAAGUCAUCCUAAUGGUUGAGGAAAGUGGGAGUUCAGGUCUUCCUCAAGGUAUUCUGUAAUAAAUCAGAUGCAGUGAUGUUCUGUUGAGGUAACUGCAUCCUAGUGGGGCUCAAAACAGUUAAGUCUUUUUUGCUGUUAUUUGCUCAGUUUGUGAACCAAGGAAGAGAUUACCCCUUGCCAUGUCUGUUUUCCUAAAUGUAAAAUGGUUGAUGCCAUUUGCACACCCAGUAAGUGCUGUAACUUCAAAGAAGGGAUCAGUGAAGAUGAACCAUUUCUUGAGUUUUAUGGGAUAAACUAAAUUUAGGAUUUCUCAUCAGUUAUACAUGCCAUUCUAUACCUUGUCAUAAGGGACAAGCACUUACCUGGAGAGAAUGAAAUAAAUGUCUGUACCUUU